GGUCGCUCGAAUCGGCAUUAAUGGUACGUGUUUUGCCUACGCAACUCGCGCAAGUGAACACUUCCGCCCUGGCCCUGCACGCUAUGCUGCGCGCGCUGGCGGCGCUGCAUUGGCCCUCAACUUGCAAGCUCGACGUCCAGCUAGCUAGGCCAUAGACAUAUCACCGCAUUAGCAUAAGCAGGCACCGUUGCUCUCACAAUAUGUCUGCCCCUUGUUGCCUGACUGACUUUUGUUGGUGGUUGAGAAAAAGGCAGGGUGACCAAGAAGAUUGAUGAACAUGAUGGAGAACCCAGAGGAAGCAUGCAUGAAAUUCUUAGAAAAAUGGCUGGAAUGUAAAUCUCUAGGUGGUCAGUUCCACAGCUACUAUGUAUACGGGGAAAGAAGAGACUGCACUCAACUCAAAGAAAAUUUCGAUCUCUGUCUGAAGAGGGACUCAUGCCCUAAGGCAAAGAAUUCUCUGGAGGAAAGAGAAGCAAACCUUGCUAGAGAGAACUCUUGUUUGUGGGAAUUGAGAUCCCAUCCUCCCAAAGACUGGCCUAAACCCGGAUCUAGCAUUCAUCCGAAGCCCUCUGCAGAACAGAUACGCAUCACUAGUUGUCGAUAGUGAUCAUCUUUCAUAGACAGUGCCUUCCAAAAGCUAGUGUAAUAAAGCUAAAAAGUCUUCCCUUUUAAUGAUUAUUCUUUGAAGUUGAGAUUUCAAUAUGCAAAGUAUACUGGUGGUGAUGUUAAACAUGUAGAAUCAUGGAAGGUCCAUGAUAAUUUACCAUUUCUUGCUAAAAAGUCAUAUCAUUUUUAAACAAGAGAAUUUGAAUAAGCUGAAUCAUCUUUUAUCAGGAAGUACUUUGAUUAUGCCCUGUCCCAUAAUAAAUUCAAUAACUCUAGAGAUGAUGUCAAGCAGGGAAAAGUAUUAUCUCUCCAUGUGCUACUAUUCCCUUCUACUGUUUAUUUUAAAUCAUAUGUGGUCAAGCCAGAAUCCAAUAAUGGUCAGGGUAAUAAUAUUUGCAAAGCACAUACUAAUUAGAGAAGUUGUUUCCGUGUUUUAAGCCCUAUGUAAAAGCAAAAUAUUAUAAGUUUGUUUUGAAUUAAGUGGAAUGGGGCUUGUUUACAACCUGUAACUUUGUACGAGCCCUUUUUAAAAACAUUCUAAGGGUGUACUGCACAAAACCGUCUGCUACCCACUUACUUGCAUCAUCUAUUUGACCAAUGAAUCAGCAUUUCUUAUGUUUGCAAAGAAGCAGAUUGUAUGCCUUGUAAAUCUUAGAUGACUAAUUAUGACUUUCCAUAAUUAAGAUUGUGAUUGAUUAAGCCAAUCACAACUCAAGAUAGGACUGAUAAUCAUGUUGAAGGAAAUGUAAUAAAUACAGUAACAUCAAUUAAUGCUCUGACCUUCCUUGGAAACCUUGAUUCUGAUUGAGCACUGUGUCCAUUGUCCGAUUAAUCGAUAGAUACUAUUAAGGUACAUUUUUGUUUAAUAUUUCUACUAAACAGACAGACUGAACAAGUUAUCAAAUUUGGCUUCAUCGCAAGAUAUCAUGUGUAUUGCUUUCAGGCAAGGGUAUAGAUUAUAUCUCUGCAGCUUUUGAUAUCCCAUAUUAAAAGAUAAAUUUACUUUUAUAGGAUGUCUGUGGCAUGUAGGUUUUUUAUGAAGAGAAAAUUAAUCAUAUUGCUUAUUUCAUUGAUCUUGAAAUCAGGUGAGGCUCGUGUUUGCAAACCAUGUUAUUUAGGACUGAUUGCAUUGAUCAUUAUGUGCACUCAUACAAAUUAAUUCUCUAAUCAAUCAUUAAGAAUUUUGUCACUGGUCCUAGCUCAACAAAGACUAAGAAAAUAAUUACUGAAAAUUUAUUCAAAGAGUCAGUUGUAAAUGAUUUAUGACAUGUUAAUUUCUCAUACACAAAACUAGCUCAAUGAUAUUCUAUUCUGAAGUAUGUCUUAACGAAUUGGAUUUGUUUUUCUAAAUUUUCUAGUAAAUAAAUGUAUUGAACUAAAAUAUUUUUAUCCUGAUGAUUAAGUAGGUCUAUCUAUUUCUAUAUUCAGGUUCUUAAUCAAAAUAAAUAAAAUAUGAUAAAGUAUAAUUAUUGUACUCUAUUCUUAUCUUCGUUCAAUGGAUAAGAAUAUAAAAGUGUAUUAUGUCAUGUUCAUGAAGAGAUAUUGUGAAUAACAUGAACUUUAACCAACAUUUUAUGUAUGUGCAGCAAUUUUUUUUCCUGGUAGACAUGUAUAAAGUUCUGAUGGCUCUUUACCAACAUCAUUUUACCACAAAGUUAUCAUACUGUGCAAUAUGAAAAGAGUAGAGAUAUAUACCUUUAUACACAUAGGUAUGGACAUUUGUGAUAUGUAUGUAUGGGGGAGAAUGCCACUGAUAUAUUUGUACUUUAAAUAUUAUGGUAUUUUGAAAGUGGCAUUUAAUUUUAUAUUUUGUUUAGCUUCAUCAGUGUUUCUUUAUAUUUUAUUUUAUAUCAAUGUAAAUUGUAAAACAAACAAUUGUUUCUCAUUUGAACUUGUAACCCUGAUAUAAUAAUCACCAGGUUUGAUUAAGUUUGAGCACCUAUAAUUGUUCUGUUCGACGGAAAAAAAAACAUUUUAAAAUGUAUUAUUUUGUUUUCUGUAAUGUUUUGUUGUUGUUGUUAUUGAAACUUGACAAAUAAAUGUUAUCUUUUGGAUACUGAGCA